AACAACAUUUUUUUGAGACGUUGAUUAUCAAUCAGUAAACAAGUCAAUUAUAUCGUUAAUUAUUCUUACCGGUACUCUGUAUUUAGUUGAGUGUACAACCUUAUUUUUAACUCUUGUUAGCGAAUCUACAGCGUAACAUCAACUGCAUGCCAUUCAAGAACUUAAGUUAUCUCAAUAUAACGUUACGUUCAAAUCAGUCAAUCAGGUUAUCAUCGUCUCAUUGAGCUCACAACUCAACAGCUAAAAUGUACUUAAUUAUUUUAGUUGUCAUCUUGAUUAUUUUCAUUCUAACCCAUAUCUAUAAUAAGAUGCUGAGAAGGUGUAAGAUUGACAAAAUUUAUGGAAAGUCUGUGAUGGUAACUGGAUGUGAUUCUGAACUCGGCUUGGAGAUGGCAAAGCAUCUUCGUGAACUUGGUACAAUUGCUACGUGUUUAAAUCCUCUAUCGAACGGUUAUCGGUUAUUAAAUUUGCUAGGCGAUCGAUGCAAAGCUUACUUAAUGGACAUUACAAAUGCUGAAUUUGAUUGGUUGACUUCUUCGCAAAUAAAAUCUCAAAUCGACGUAAAUUACUAUGGUCCGAUAAUUUUGACUAAACUACUUCUUGAAGACAUUAUAAAUAGUCAAGGUAGACUAGUUUAUGUCACAAGUUUAAUAUCAAAUGUCCCGUUUCCAUUGUGUAAAACGUAUUGUUCAACUAAAAGUGGCCUUUCCAUGUUUGCAGAAGGAUUACAAGCUGAAGUAUCUCGUUUCGGUGUAAAAAUUAUUUUGUUACAGCCAGGAGAUUUCACUAAAUUAACUGAUAUUGUGCCAGCUACACUAAAAGCAUCUGAUAUUAUGUGGAACCAAAGAGUAAAGGAAGGCUUCCUGAUGAAAGAAAAAAAGAUUUAUAUGGAGAUUAUUUCCCUAAAUAUUAUGCGAACAUGAAUGUUUCUAGAGGAAUGAUUUCAUUUAAAUCGUACAAAGACUCAUCUCUAUUCAAAGAUAUUGAGGAAGCUUUGAUCUCAAUCAACCCAAGACCAGUUAUGGUCCAAUCUUCCUUCUAGUAUCAUGUUUUAAUCAAAAUAAUUAGCUAUCUUCCGAGAAGUUGGAGAAUUAAUUUAUCUAAAUUCAUUCAAUAUGUAACAAGGAGAGGCUUAAUUAAAAUGGGUAAGGUUGUACGAAA